AUGCAUCGCAGCUAUGCCUCGCUUCAUGCUCGGCGGAGCUCCAGCGUACCGUCAAGGAUACAGCUUUCCGAUGCAGCGACACCCACAACAGUUCGCACUGGCUCCAGAGAGGCAGGCGCAGCUGCGCUAGGACGGCCUGGAGCUGCGGUCGCAGUACCCGUGUCGGAAGCGCCGGAGUGCAAAUGCCUUCGAUAUCAAAGCCGUUGCGAUGCAUGGGGAGCUGCAUGUUCACCACGGCGUCUUGAUGCACUGCGACACGAACUUGUUGCGGUUCGAGCCGAUGCAGAACGCUGGCGAGCACGUCUGCAUGCUGCCACAACAGCGAGUUCGCAUCUUGCCAGGGAGUUAGCGGAGAGCCGGCAACAUCUUUGCACCUUGAUGGAGGAGGAGCGUGGUUUUGCAGAGGUUUCAGGGGAGCAUGUCGAGCCUGACCCCAAAGUAGCCGCCGCUACCUCGGCUACAUCCGGCACCUUGCACCUGGAUGGUGUUCCCGGUAUUCUUGGGCUGCGGAAGGAGACAGAAACCCUUGCUGAAGAGGUCAGUGAGCUGGCAGAAUGCCAGCUCCAGCGCUGCAGAGACGUUCGGAACCUGCGCCGGCUGAUCGGCGUUGCCCGGCUCCGGCAGCAUCGGCAGCGGGCGAACGCUGUGCAGAAUGCUGCUUUGCAGAGUGCUUUGCAGGAUUUGCGGGGCUUAAGCCGACGAUGCGAGGCAAAGAGCACGGAGCUGGAUGAGGUGAUGGAAAAUACGGCUGCACUGCGACAUCGCAUGGGCUUUCUGAAAGAAGAGGUUGCCAGUACAAAGGCGGAGGCCGCCAUGGCCGCAAGUGUGGUUGGAGAGGCUCCCCUCGAAAUUCUGGAGGCUCUGCAGCGGGAACUUGGAGCCGAGGAGCAGCGAACCAAGCUUCAAAGAAUGUUGGCCACGACGCAGGAGGGAGCGCAGGCUGCCUUGCAUCAUCAAGUCCAGGAUCUCAAGGCUGCCUUGCAAGAGUCAGAGGCCUCAAGCGUGAGAGCUGCUGCUGAAGUGCAGGAUGCGGAAGGCCGAGAGGAGGCACACGUGUCCAAAGUGGAGCGAGAACGACAACGAAACUCGGUCUUGGUCCAGGAGGCUCGGCAGCUCGUCGCUGCUCACAAGCUGCUCGAGGUAGAUCGGGUCAGCGAUGAUCGGCGCGAUCAUGUGUCUGUACUCGAAGUGAAGCUGCGUACAAGAGCUGUCGUAAAGUUCGAAACAGACUUGCUUGCUCGUCAAAGCAGCAGCAACAAGUGCUCCAGGGGACAUCGGUCCAGUCGUCGAAAGUUUUACACCUCGCAGGCCGACCGGUGCUUGCGAAGAGUAGCUGCACGCGGUAGCGCCAUGGGUCUGCAGUCCCUGCAGUCCAUGUCAUUUCCCCCCUUGACGAUGACAUACGCGCUGUGCGCGCUUGCAGUCGACGCGGAAACUGCGCUUGUUCCAAAGAUGCAGCAAGCUUUAAAAGCUGAGCCUGGAUUUAUGGCCGGAAAGCUUGAUGGCCGCAUGGUAGAGCAGUUGUCUUCAAAUUUGAGUUUGCACGGAGACUUGAUCCACAGGCUUGACAGCGAUCCUGAUGGCUCGUGCAGUUACCAGGUCGGUGGGCGGUACAAAGUUGCACGGCCGCUGGAAGUGUGGAGCAACGAGAGUUUGGAUGGUACCCGCUUGGAGUCCUUGGUUCCGAAGAAGGACACGGUCCUAGUCAUUCAACUCUCCAGAGAAGGUUCACGCGCCCUGGUCAUUCCUCAGCCUGCUGAACAUCACGCUGCAGGAUUUAUCUCCUUGGAGGAUGCACAGCGCGGCAGCCGAGUGCAGCCAGCAUUGGAUUCCUUCGCGUUGCCAGGAUCUUGGGAUCUUCGUGCGCGUUACACGGUCCGCAACCCCGCGACUCUUCGAGAAGGUCCUGAGAUUGGCAGUGGAUGGGUCGGUGAGUUGAAAGUCGGUGCUGAGGUCCUGCUCCUUGACUUUGGAGUCAUCGCCGGGACCAGCGGCAAGGACAAGGCUCGACUCCGUGCGCUCAUAAGUGCAGAUGACAAGAUCGGCUGGAUGAGUCCUGAAACGGGGGACGGUGACCAGCUGCUGGAACCUGUGAACCUGCUCAGCAGAAAGGUUGUGGAACUGCACAGGCAGUCUCUGAGACAAUCUGCAACAGGCCUCAAGAAGUCUUAUCAUCAAGGGGGCAACUGUCCUUGGGAGGUUGGUGCUACGUAUCGCAUGCUGGAGAAGGCUGUCGUGCGCCUGGGGCCGGAGCUGAAGAGCCAAGAGGUCUUCAAGGCAUCUUCGGGCUGCCUUGUCCUUGUAAAAGACAUCAACAAUGUGGAGGUCGCUGGAGGAUGGUGCCCUGUAGCUUUCGUCAACGUCGAGGAAGGCCCUGAGCGGGGCCGCACAGGAUGGGUAAGGUGCACGGCCAAAGAUGGCCAUGAUGUUAUGGACACGCGCGACCACAAAGAGUAUGACAAAGUUAUUCGCAAAAUGCGGGAGUCCGCAGGCGAAGUACCUUCAAACGCCACUCCUGCCAUGAUUCAGGCUGCGGUGAUCAUGCAGCUGAAGCAGGCCGAGGAGGCCAAGAGGGAGGAGGAACAAGCAGCGCAGAGGGAAUCAGAGAACACGGAUGGGCUGGUGCAGCAGGAAAGGGAGGAGUGGGGCCAGAGUGAGGAGCCGACUUGGGAACGCGAUGGGAAAGAGGUCGAACCCGCUGUGGAUCCUGCCUACAUUUCGUUGAAUGCUUCCAUAAGGGAGCUUGAAGAGACUGUGCAGGACGAGCGCCUACACAUGCCAGACAAAACCGAAAUCGACAACAAUGGCAGCUGGUGCGUAUGUUCCUGUGGGAACUAG